UCGGAGUGACGGACUGACGGUGUGGUUCACAUCACCACUCGGAAACAGAGGCGCGGCCGGGUCAGGCCGGGCCGGCCACCUUCCUUUCCCUGUUGAUUCAUUCUCCUCCUUCUUCUUCUUCCUCUUCUGCCCAAACCUGAAUCCCUCUUUUCUCGGCUUUAGUUCUCUCUCUCUCUCUCUCUGAAGUCUGAACCCACAGCACAGCACAGGCAGGUGGCUCUUAUUUUCUCUUGUCUUGUCUUCUUCAUCAAUGAAUUCAGAUUCUCCCUCCUAUUCCUAUUCCUAUUCCUAUUCCUAUAUAUACACUCAUCACGCCUCCGCCUUUGCUUAUUCAUAUUAUUAUUCCUAUCUGCACUCCCCUUCCAUUACCCAAAGCGCCCCUUUCUAUGACGAUCCCCAACCCGUCUCAUUAAUUCCAUUCAACCCAUCUCCAUUACUCUUUCAUGACCCUCCUAACUCUCCGCCUUCCUAUUUCUUGGUUUCAAAAUCCAAAUUUCGUCGUCUCUCUUCCUUCUUAUUACUUCUCAACGGAAGACGGAAACUUUUCUCUUGUUGUUAAACCUAACCUAAGUAUUCUUCCCCACAUUCUAUUUUGAAAUUUUGUUUUGGGUUUUAUUGUAUUUCCUUCCUACAAUUUUCUGGGACUCCUGGCUGUCUUACAUUCGAUUUGGAAGGGUUCUUGAAAUUUUCUGGAAUGAAGAGAGUGAAUGACAUCGAGGAGGAGAGGGGAGUUGAAAGCUCGCGGUUAAAGAAACUUAGAAUAAAUUAUUUCGGGAGUUCUUCUGUUGAGAAUUGUGGCCCAGUAGCGAGGAGAGACGAGGAAGAAGAGAAUGGAGGGAAGGGUUCAGAGCUGGUGGAUAAGAAUAAGAGUGAGAAACCUUCUGGAAUUACUGUUUCCGAUAAUCUGGAUGGUAUCGAUGAGUUAAAGAAUCGUGACCCGGUUUUGUAUCGCCGACAAGAACAUGAUGGCUCAGUGUUUGAUCUCAACCUUCCAGCUUCUGGGACUCAUGAAGAUGGGCUGAACAAUGGCUGUUCUGGAUAUGCUACUGAAAAGCUCAUGCGUUGUGAGAAAGAACCAGAGGUAAUCAGCAUUGCGUCAGAUGAUAGCGAUGAUGAGGUGGGAAUUGUCGGUUAUGGAUAUGGCUACAGGGAAAAGGGCAAAGCAAUAGCUACAGAAAUGCCUAAUGAGACUACGGAAAAUUUGUGCCUUGGGUUGGGUAUGGGUAAUGCUGCGGCUGUGGGUGAAUGUAUCUCAAACGGUUGUGAUGACAGGAAAUAUACCAAGGAAGAAAAGGGGAAGACCAGUGUUGAUGAUCGUUGGCUAUCACUUGGAAGCAGUUUAAUUGGUUUGGAUUUGCUUGACAAUGAUGAUGAUGGCGAUGUUGAUUCUGAUACUGAUUCUGAUGAUGAUGAUGAUGACUCAUUCAGAGAUGUGGAGCCUGCAGAACAUGAUGGUUUGGGAAUGCUGUUUGCUGCAACUCAGGUUUUUGAAAGAAGACUAAGAGAACAAGAAGAAGCAUAUAGAAGAUAUUCCGAAGGAAUUCGUAAAGAAACUGCUAAAAAAUUAGCUCGUUAUCACCAUUCAGAUGGGAAUAAUAAAAAGGGAUCCACUAGUAAAAGACAAGCGUCACCUUCUUUAAGUUCUGUAAAGCAAUUAGUAAAAUCUACUGACCCCUUUUCCAAAGCUCUUAAUAUGAUCAGACAGAGAAACUCAAAGCAGUCAGCUCAGACGUUGAUUGAGUGGAAAACAAGGGAAACAAACCGGCACAAAAUAAAUAUUCAACCCAUUGUUCCUUCACUGAUAGAUCUAUCAAUAAAAGCACUAGCAGAGAAUGCUGAGGGAUUAGUUUCACUCAACUUGGUUCCAGAUUACCUGUGCAGAAGGCUAAUUAACUUGCUGUGUGAUAUGAGAAAAAUGAAUGCGGAUAUACUGGAACUUCUUGUAAAAGGGUGCCCAACUGAUGUCAGCGUCAGGGACUGCUCGUGGCUAACUGAAGAGCAGUUUCAGAACAUAUUUGGGAAUUGUCAGACAAAAGAUUUGCGGGUGCUUCGACUUGACCUUUGCGGGCAAUGCAUGCUUGAUUUGGCCUUCAGAGAUGUCCUAGCUAAAUCCUUGCAGAGUUUUUCUAGUUUGUCUAUUUUGUCCCUCAGAGGUGCUUCCCGGUUGUCAGACACCGGGCUUAAGACCCUUGUUAUGUCAGCACCUUUACUGCAGUCUCUUAAUCUGGGUCAGUGCACCCUUCUGACCUCAGAUGCCAUCAACUAUAUAGCUGAUUGUUUGGGUUCUAAUUUGAAGGAGCUUCAUAUAGAUGACUGCCAGAAAAUAAAUCCAAUGCUGAUCCUACCUGCAUUUAAGAAGUUACAAUAUUUGGAGGUGAUAUCAGUUGCUGGCCUACUUGAAAUAACAGAUCAAUUUGUUAGUGAAAUGAUUUCUUCAUGCGGUCAACAUAUUAAGGAGAUAGAUUUAUCUAAUUGCCUGAAACUGACUGAUAGCUCUCUCAAAACCAUUGGUAGCAGUUGUGCUCAGUUGUGUUCAUUAAACAUCUCAAACUUGGAUGAAUUGACUGAUCUGGGGAUUCAGUAUCUGGCCAAUGGAUGCAAAUCAAUUAAAACGCUCAAACUUUGCCGCAAUUCAUUCAGUGAUGAUGCAGUGGCUGCAUUUCUAGAAUGCUCUGGUGAGUCAUUGAUAGAGCUGUCACUGAAUAAUAUGAAAGAGGUUGGACCGGAUUGUGCCAUUUCAAUUGCUAGAUGCCUAAGGAAGUUGGUACGCUUGGAUAUAUCAUGGUGCCGCAGGAUUAGUGAUGAUGCUUUUGGUUUGAUUGUUGAUAAUUGCCGGUCACUGAAGCUGGUCAAAGUGUUUGGCUGUCGACAGAUUACAAACGUGUUCUUGAAAGGGCACUCCAAUCCAGUAGUGAAGAUAGUUGGGUUAGGCGUGAGCCCGAUACUUGAUCAUAUGGACUUGGCGGAACCUGAGGCAAUGCUACUCCGCUAUUCAGCUCUGCGUGCUUGAAUGGAAGCAAGCUUGCUUGGAGGAACUAGGAGAUGGAAACUGCUGCUAGCUAUACCUGCCUGGCCUGGCGGGCAUUCCUAUUGUCAAUAAUAAAUAUUGCAGAAGAUGCUGCUCUAAAUAUUUUAUCCAACAAGCCGAUUGCCUCGCCUUGCAGUGGAUUUCAUUUUGUGUAAACAAUCAGUAUUUUUGUACUUGGUUCUUUUUGUCUGCUUUCUUUCUCUCUCUAAGGUAUUCAUGUCAUAUCA